GGGGGGGGGGGGUUGAAUAGGAGAGAGAAGGGGGAGUGGUAUACCUGAUAAAGCUAAUGUGCAUAUGCAAGCCAUGGAAGCUGGAAUGGCCGAUUCGUGCAUUCGGUCAGCCAUUCUUUGUUGGACACCGGGUGCUGCGGGGCUGCUACCGUCGCACACAAUAUAUGUAUGUUACGAGAUGCACGACAUUGAGUAACUUAUGAUGAUAAUCUGACGAGUAACGUAUGUCAACGGCAAGUACGACGGUUGCAGAGAACGGGAGUUAAAAUACAAAUACGCCACACCCUGAGAUUAACGUUGAUGUGAGUCUUGAGGACGGGAGGUUCACAACGACAAGCCAGCAGAAAUAUCUGAAAUAUUUUCGAAAUAUCUAUCCCAUUGAGUUGGGGAAAGCUUGCUGCCCUAGAUAUCUCGCCAGCCAAAGCAUAUAUAUAAAUAUAUACUAAUAUCAACCCCCAUCAUUCAAACCAACGGCGUUAAUCAAAUCCAUACUAUCUAUACAACUCACCGAGCCCCUCGAAUCCUCCUCCGAUCACCCACUCACCACACCACAAUGACCCUAGCCCCCGCCCUAAUCCCCGUAAUGCUCCGCUUUUCCCACCUCUCCACCCCAAUUCUCAUCGACCCCUGUAUAACCCACGGCGCCCUCCUGCGCCUAAUCCAGAACGAGAUCCAAUCGCGCAGCCCGCACCUGAUGGAAGACUUUACCUUCGAGGGCUUGGAGAUCCUCUGGGACCAGACGACGGGGGCUGGUAAUGCGUUCCCGCCAUCAUCGCCGCUCGAUCAGUAUAACUUGCAAGCUACGCUGUCUUUGUUGAGGAUGAGGCAGGGGAGGGAUGCGUUGUGUUUGAGGAUCGCGCAUGUUAAGGGGGCGGCUAUGAGGCUUGUCUGAAGGGGUGGAGAGAUAUGUUUUAAUGUCCUGUGUUAGUUUUUUUCUGGUUGUUUGAUUGACGAGCUGCUGAGGCGGAGAGCGCUAUUGUGCGAGGGACCGAGGGGGGGGGGUGGAGCAUGUUUAUUCCCUGACAGGUGGGGGUGGAGCGGGGCGGGGCGGGGCGGGACACGAUCGAAAAGGUUACCGGACUCGAAAGCAGGGACAGCCAGAUUUAUUUAGAACAGCUUAUUCAAUUAUUAUCACAUUAUGAUCUGGCCCCAAAUGGGACAUAAUAACAUUUUUUCCAGAA